UGUCGCGCACCGUGCUCUCGGGAUCAAUCCAGUUGAAACAAUCCGCAGUUUUUCCUGCCAAAAACCAUAGGGGGCCGAGAAAGUGUCCGGUUGCAUGAUGCUAACCGGCAGGUCCGGCACGUGCAUUGCUUGUGCCGCGAAAACAAUCCCCACCGUUGGUUCCUCUUCCUCACUCUCCGUCUGAUGCCGAGCUCGCCAACGCGGUGAAAUCCUCUCGUCGAGCUUCCACUCCAAAUAUCUCGCGCUCGCGCUUGCAGAGAAUGAGCUGAACGCGUCCCCCAACCGCACUCCCAGCUCGCGAGGUCACCGAGAACCUCAGCUGCUCCGUAGCUAUGGCGGCCACCCUUUACCUCUCUCCAUCCGCCCUCCCGAACAACUCGCGCUUUCGCGCUUCCUCCUCCCCAAGCGCGACGAGUUCUUCCAGAGUAACGGCGGAGAAUCUCCCCAUGAAAAGCCCAGAUUUCUCCGUCUCGAUCGAUCCCAUUGCGCGGCCGAAUGGUCCGGUCAAGAUGCCCACGGCUCCGUGGAUGAGAGGCCCUCUUCUCGUCCCGCCCGGCGAGGUCUUGGACCUUUCGAGGCCUCGGAGCAGCAAUAGAGGCUCGGGCGAUAGGAAACCCAAGAAGUUGGAUAGAGCGAGCGGCGUCAGAGGAAACAAGGCGGUGCAGAAGAUUGUGCAGAGCAUCGAGAAGCUUAGAGGGAGGAGCCACUCGGACGGAGCUGGGAAAGAAUCUGGGGAGAUCGAAUUCGGGAUUUGCCUGGAGUCAUUGAAGGAGGAGGAGGAGGAAGGAGCCAAGCCAGGUUUUGUCGGGAAAAUGCCGUGGGUGAGGGAAGGCGAGAGGGUGGUGUUCAGGAGGACGAAGACGGAGAAGGCGGCGAAUGUGGCCGAACUGAGCCUUGAGAAGGAGUUGCUGGAUAGGCUGAGGAAGGAGGCUGCGAAGCUGAGGAAGUGGGUGAAGGUGAAGAAGAUUGGAGUGUCUCAGGCUGUUGUGGAUGAGAUAAAGUGGACUUGGAGGAGGAAUGAGCUCGCCAUGGUGAAAUUCGAUGUCCCUCUGUGCCGCAACAUGGACAGAGCUCAAGAAAUCCUCGAGAUGAAGACUGGCAGCUUGGUUAUUUGGAGGAAAAAAGACACUCUUGUUUUAUACAGGGGAGUCCACUAUCCCUAUAAUGUCUUUCAGGAGAAGGAGCGCAUCCCAGCUAUUGGUCAAGAAAGACUUCCCUUUUUCUGCAUGCAGUCUAACCCUAAACGUGUCAUGUCUAUAACACCGGUGAAAGAUAGUCAUCGUAUUCUGGAUGAGAAGACGAAAGGAGAGGAUGGACAAAGGCAUUCUGGUGCUAUCUCAAGAGACUAUAAAGCAUGUUCUGAGUCAAUCAAUGGUUCACUAUAUGAAAGGGAAACUGAUAGAUUACUGGAUGGCUUGGGCCCUCGCUUUGUUGAUUGGUGGAUGCGCAAGCCAUUGCCCGUAGAUGCUGAUUUGCUUCCGGAAGUGGUACCUGGCUUUAGUCCCCCGCUAAGACUCUGUCCCCCAAACGAACGGCCAAAGCUCACUGACAAUGAAUUGACAUAUUUAAGGAAGCUUGCUCACCCAUUACCAACUCAUUUCGUCCUUGGGAGAAACAGGAAAUUGCAAGGCUUAGCUGCUGCGAUUAUGAAACUAUGGGAGAAGAGUCUUAUAGCCAAGAUUGCGGUGAAGUGGGGUGUACCUAACACUAACAAUGAGCAAAUGGCAUAUGAGCUCAAGGGUCUCACUGGAGGAAUUCUGCUGCUACGAAACAAGUUUUACAUUAUACUUUAUAGAGGCAAGGACUUUCUUCCUCAAACACUUACAAGUUCGAUAGCGAAGAGAGAACUGGAGCUGAGAAAAUGCCAAGUUGUUGAGGAAGAUGCACGAAUUAAGGCGUUUGAAAGAUUAGCUGUUGCAAAUGAGCCAUUGGCAAAGACUUGCACAAUGGGAACACUAUCAGAAUUCGUAAAAAUCCAAACAGAUUUUCAGGAGCAGAGAAGAGGAGUGGGGGAGGUCAAUGUCAGAUUGGUGGCCGAAAUAGAAAGAUUAGAGAAGGAGCUGCGAAAAGAGGAGCGCAGGCGUUUCAUUCUUAAUAGUAAGAUGAGAAGGUCAGCAAAACAGCUGUCAAAGUUGAAUUCCGGAUGGAGACCUGCCGAGAAGGACACAGACCAAGAGAUGAUGACAGAGGAGGAUAAGGAAUGUUUGAGGAAGAUAGGACUGAAAAUGGACGGUAGUUUAUUGCUUGGAAGGCGUGGUGUCUUCGAUGGUGUUAUUGAAGCAAUGCAUCAGCACUGGAAGCACAGAGAAGUGGUCAAGGUCAUUUCUAUGCAGAGGUCAUAUCCACAGGUUAUCGGUACUGCAAAACUGCUUGAAGCAGAAACUGGUGGGAUUUUAGUUUCAGUUGACAAGCUGAAGGAUGGCCAUUGUAUAAUCAUAUACCGUGGCAAAAACUACAAACGUCCCGUAAAGUUGUCAACAGAGCAUCUACUAACAAAAAGAAAAGCACUUCUGCGAUCUCUUGAAAUGCAGCGAUUUGGUUCGCUGAAGUUUUUCACAAGUCAGAAGCAACGGAAGAUCUCUGACUUGCAACUGAAACGGGCAGAACUGAAAGAUCACCUAGGACAAUAAAGACAGAAUAUGAUGAAGUUUGUAAAGGAUCAUGGAAGGCAUUUCUACGAUUUUCAGUACAUGAAAGGCGCAAGGAUUCCUUAGUGUCACUAAAUGAAUUAUGAAGGUUGUCAUCCAUCAUUUGGGAUUCGUUGUACAACCUGAUUGCUUGACUUCUUUUGAGUGGAAGUGGAGCUGAGGGCAGAAUGCACAAACUCCACGGUGCCUGAUUUUUGUUACUUGGGAUCUUCAACAGCAGAGGUCAUUAUAACCAGGAUGCGCAUGCAACCACAAUGGAAUCUGAAGCGAACGCUUUUCGGAUUAAUCACCUGGGUUGGAUUGUUGGGUUUACAAGAUAGUGCAGCCUCUUGGCCUAGUGCUUCACUCGCCAGCAAAGCUAAUAAACUCAGUCACUCCCACCAACAUAAGGGCAGUUGGAAGGUUGUGAUCGAAUGGCAUUGACCACUUCAGGUUUAUCUUUAAUUUACCCUUUUAACCAUCCACAAUACCGAUAUAUACUGGUGCUUAUUACGUCUCCCACAACCACUGGAACCUCUCUUCUUUGUUUUUUCGUUCUUGUGAUUGUGGCAUGGCUUAGUGAACUUGCUAUCAACGAUGAGACAUCAUUAUGUCAGUUAAACUGUAUAAACAAAGUUAUUCAAAUGGAAUUAAGAGCUUUCCUCUAACUCCUACUUUUGAAAUGUGUGUUGUUAAGAUAAUUGAUACUGUGAGUCUGUGAGGCUAUAGCUGCUGCACGCUAUGUUGUGGUGUUUUCUCCGUUUGAGGUAGUGGUUUCUUGCUUAUUAAUUAGUAGAGAAACAUAUGUUAGAGGCAAGUAAUAGUACUCCCUUUGCAUCUAUCAGAGUCAGGUGGAUCUGUUUCAAUUACCAUCUCUUCAUCAGAAGUCACUCGAAUUAUAUCCCACGGCAUCA